UGGGAAGGAAUGUCAGCUAGGGGCAAGUAGGGCCUCGACGGCCUGUGGGGCUGCAGAGCCGGCAGGGAGGAGGGGGGCUGUAUGGAGGGUCCUCCGCGGAGCCCCAGGUGGCUGCAGAUGGCCACCGAGGCUGGAUGACCUCUCUGACCACAGGGCCUCGGAGGGUCCAGUGAUACUGGGCUUCCCCCCACCACAAUAGCUGGCCACACAGGUCAGAUGUGAUUCCAUUCCGCAUUCUCAGGAGGAGAGCUGCACCCCCCCAUCCCCCACAGUCUCUCCAGUCGUGCUCUUGGCCAGCAGGGGGACUUCCCCAGCCCCUCAGCCUCAGGAGGGAAGCCCUCUCACCCUUGCCUUAGUCCUUCAAGGCUCUGGGCAGCCUGAAAUGCCACUAUUAGGGCCCCAUCUCACUGGCAUGAGUGCAGUCCAUCCCAGCCUGUUGGACCUUCUCACCCAUCAAGUUGAAGGAAAGCACUACUGUGCCCAGCUCUGCCGAUCCAGAGUGGCUGAUCCAGCGGGCGAUAAGGGGAGAGUGAGGAAACACCUGCAAACAGACAUGGCUCACCUCCUGUAGAGGUUCUGAGGUUUCCCUGAACAUCAGCACAGCCCCUCCACCAAGGACCCCUCCCCUAACUCCUACUGGCACUGGCAGGUUCCGACGUCACUCCAAGAUAGAGUAGGGCUGCCAUCACGUGAGGCCGCUCUUCUCCUGAUGCUAAGGCCAUGUGACCGGGAGGAAUCUCUGCAGUGAGGACAGCCCUUCCCCCCUUCUUAAUGCCGGCCCCCAGGAGCUGGGGAGCGGUCCAGGGGGGCUGGCACCUCAGGGCAGGCCAGAGCCCCCCAGAGCCUCUGCCCUCCGUAGCCCCCCAGCCUGUGACACCCCCGGCGCUGGGGCUGCAGCUAUGGACCCGGAGCUGGCCUGGCCCUCGGUCUCUCUGAGCCGGCCCUCCCGCCCCUCCUGGCACCAUGGCUCUCUCCAUCUCCUGGGACGUGGUCUACAUCGUGGUGGAAGUGGUCAUUGCCGUGCUGGCAGUCUUGGGCAACGUGCUGGUGUGCUGGGCAGUCUCGAUGAACACCAACCUGCAGAACGUCACCAACUACUUCGUGGUGUCCCUGGCGGCGGCCGACAUUGCCGUGGGGGUGCUCGCCAUCCCCUUCGCCAUCACCAUCAGCACUGGCUUCUGCGCGGCUUUUCACGGCUGCCUCUUCAUAGCUUGCUUUGUGCUGGUCCUCACUCAAAGCUCCAUCUUCAGCCUGUUGGCCAUUGCCAUCGACCGUUACAUUGCCAUCCGCAUCCCCCUCAGGUACAACGGCUUGGUGACCGGCACACGGGCCAAGGGCAUCAUUGCCAUCUGCUGGGUGUUGUCCUUCAUCAUCGGCCUGACGCCCAUGCUGGGCUGGAGCCGGUGCGUGGAGGCCGCAGUGGUGGGCAAUAGCUCCGAGCCCCCGCACUGCAGCGCGGGCCAGAUGCCCUGCCUCUUUGAGGCGGUGGUCCCCAUGGACUACAUGGUCUACUACAACUUCUUUGCGUGUGUGCUGCUGCCUCUGCUGCUCAUGUUGGCCAUAUACCUGCGCAUCUUCAUGGCGGCCCGGAGACAGCUGAAGCAGAUGGACAGCAAGCCAGCAGCCGGGGAGCGCUCCCGCUCCACGCUGCAGAAGGAGGUGCACGCGGCCAAGUCGCUGGCCAUCAUCGUAGGCCUCUUCGCCAUCUGCUGGCUGCCCCUUCACAUCAUCAACUGCUUCACCCUCUUCUGCCCAGAGUGCCCUCACGCACCCCCCUGGCUCAUGUACCUGGCCAUUGUCCUCUCGCACACCAACUCCGUGGUGAACCCCCUCAUCUACGCCUACCGCAUCCGCGAGUUCCGGCACACCUUCCGCAAGAUCCUCCGCAGCCACGUGACCCGGGCCGCCACCCCACACGGCCGGGACUGCGUCCAGGGCCAGGAGCGCAUUAGCCUCCGGCUCAACGGGCACGGAGCUGGCAUCUGGACCAAUGGCGGCACGCCCCGCCCGAGCAGGGCAGCCGCAGCCCUGGAGCCCGAGGACUCGAGAGACAGCCGUGGCUUCCAGGACGUGGAGCUCCUGAGCCUGGAGCUCCCGGGGUCUCACCCCACAAGCCCUGGCCUGGAGGGGCCCCCACCAGCCGGCAUCUCCUGACAUUGGCCGUGGAUUUGGCUGAAAGAGAAUCUUUGACCCUCUGGUGGCCAGAGGAGAAGUGGGUCUGCAUCCCAGGAGGAGGUCUGGCCUGGAUGGGGGGUGCCCAGCUAGGGACUGGGGGACCUUCCUCCUGAGCCAGCCCGGCUCUUGGCCACCACCGGACAAUGUGUCCUGCCUCAGUGACCCAGAGUGGGCCUGGGGAGCAGGGAGCUGGGAGGCCUUCAGGAGGAGGUGGACUGAGGGGAGGACCCCCCAGAGUGCUUUCUGGCUCCUGGCUGCCCUCCUGGGUGCCUCUGGUCCUGCAGCAGAGGUGGCCCUGGCCCUGGCCCUCAGGCGGAGGGGCUGGGAGGGAGUGGGCAGGGGUGGGCAGGGGAGUGCAUGGGGAGGCCAGGCUGGCCCUGGGUCUGUGGAGUUGGGGGCUGACCAGCUCCCGGGAACUUCUGUCUGUCUUAAUAGCCACUGGUAAUGUUUGUUUAGAGAGACAAUUAAAUGGG